GCAGGUCCUGGCAGAGGGCAGGAUGAUUGAGGAAAGUGGGAACAAGCGGAAGACCAUGGCAGAGAAGAGGCAGCUGUUCAUAGAAAUGCGUGCUCAGAAUUUUGAUGUCAUACGACUAUCAACCUACAGAACAGCUUGCAAAUUACGAUUUGUGCAAAAACGAUGCAAUCUUCAUCUUGUUGACAUCUGGAACAUGAUCGAAGCCUUCCGAGAUAAUGGCCUUAACACACUGGACCAUAACACCGAGAUCAGCGUGUCCCGCCUCGAAACUAUCAUCUCAUCCAUCUAUUACCAGCUAAACAAACGCCUUCCUUCUACUCACCAAAUCAGCGUGGAACAGUCCAUCAGCCUUCUCCUCAACUUCAUGAUUGCUGCAUAUGACAGUGAGGGCCGAGGCAAGUUGACGGUAUUUUCAGUUAAAGCUAUGUUAGCAACCAUGUGUGGUGGAAAAAUGCUGGACAAACUGAGAUAUGUUUUCUCCCAGAUGUCAGAUUCCAAUGGCUUAAUGAUAUUUAGCAAGUUUGACCAGUUUCUGAAGGAAGUUCUGAAGCUCCCAACAGCUGUCUUUGAAGGGCCAUCUUUUGGUUACACAGAGCACUCAGUCCGCACCUGUUUUCCACAGCAGAAAAAGAUAAUGCUGAAUAUGUUUUUAGACACAAUGAUGGCCGAUCCCCCUCCCCAGUGCCUUGUCUGGCUGUCUCUCAUGCACAGACUUGCCCAUGUUGAGAACGUCUUCCAUCCUGUGGAGUGUUCCUACUGCCGGUGUGAGAGUAUGAUGGGCUUCCGGUACCGAUGCCAGCAGUGCCACAACUACCAGCUCUGCCAAAACUGCUUUUGGCGCGGCCACGCCAGUGGCCCUCACAGCAACCAACACCAGAUGAAGGAGCAUUCCUCUUGGAAAUCUCCUGCAAAGAAGCUGAGCCAUGCAAUUAGUAAAUCUUUGGGGUGUGUACCCACCAGAGAACCCCCGCAUCCUGUUUUUCCUGAGCAACCAGAGAAACCACUUGACCUUGCUCAUAUAGUUCCUCCUCGCCCUCUGACUAAUAUGAAUGACACCAUGGUUAGCCACAUGUCCUCCGGAGUGCCCACCCCCACCAAGAGGUUACAGUAUAGCCAGGAUGUACCCAGUCACUUGGCCGAUGAGCAUGCCCUGAUAGCCUCCUAUGUGGCCCGUCUGCAGCAUUGUGCACGUGUCCUGGAUAGCCCUAGCCGACUGGAUGAGGAACACCGGCUUAUUGCUCGCUACGCUGCCCGGCUGGCCGCAGAGGCAGGAAAUGUGACCCGUCCUCCCACUGACUUGAGCUUUAACUUUGACGCCAACAAACAACAGAGACAGCUUAUUGCAGAACUGGAAAACAAAAACAGAGAGAUCCUGCAGGAGAUUCAGCGUCUGCGUCUGGAGCAUGAGCAGGCCUCCCAGCCCACCCCUGAGAAGGCCCAGCAGAACCCCACAUUGCUGGCAGAGCUGCGGCUGCUGAGGCAAAGGAAGGACGAACUGGAGCAGAGAAUGUCGGCACUGCAGGAGAGCAGGCGGGAGCUGAUGGUUCAGCUAGAAGGGCUAAUGAAGUUACUGAAGGAACGCACCUUCAUCCAGAAGAUCCCUUGAUUGUUUUGAGAACUUGCUGAAGUGAUCAUGGUCUGCUUCUUUUUGUGAUUUGAUAUUGACUGUUGUCUCCAACCCAUCUGUAAGUUAUUGUAUCAGUGUAUUUUAUGUUUGCUUACUAUAUCCUAGUUUCUUGCUUUGUUUUGUUUUGCUAUGUCCAAAUAGGUUGCUUGAGUGAGCUACCUUGAUUAUGUUCACUUUGAAACUCUAGCAUCCUAUCUCCAGAUGACUAGAGCUGUUAUCAGGUAUAUGAGCCUAGGAGUUCAUUCAUUUUUCUUGUAUGGAUUCAGCUCAGGUGUCCAGGUAGUUGGUCAUCAAGUGUGUGGUACAGGCUGUGUCCUACAGUCUUAGAAAGGCAGGGGUGGUUGGUUUAGGUACCAGUAUCUCUUGCAGCAGGGGGUCACACUCUGAACAAGGCAGGGGGCUGACAACCGUCCCCUGAGUGUCUGUGAGGAAAGCGCAUCCCUGUUCCCUAGAGCGCACAGGUGGGUGGGUUCUACAGAUGGACCUUGGGCACCCAACGCUUUUGGUUAUAAGGACUGGGAGGUACCAGUUAUCUUUUGACCCCUGUCAUGGGUAGCUGGGUGACCACUGAUGUGGGUAGGUGAGAACCCUGUUUAACAGGCAUAGCAGUGUCAAACAUCAAACACCCAUCUCUUCACCACACAGCUGAAACAGUUGCAGCCUGCCAACAAGGGCCUGUUCUCCUGAAAUAGGCCCACACAGGUCCAUGCAGUGGGGAAACGUAUUCAAAAUCAGUGGACUGUUUAUGCCUGGACAGGAGCCACUUCUUUCCUAAGCUCCUAAGGUUAGUGGAGCUGGCAGAUUAUCUGUUCCCCAGUUAUGAAUUUAUUCAUUCUCCAAGGCCAGGAGAAUGGCUCAGGGCACACUACAGGACCUAUCUCAGGCCCAGGGAAAUCAACAGCCACUGAAGCUGGCUUGGGGGUUGGGGGUACAGUAAAAUAUACAGAAGUACUUAGCUUUUGCCAAGUACUUCUCUGGUUCUGGAGGUGUGAGUAGGCUGUGUGGCUCGCUGCUUCUCCCUGAGGAAGCUGCGGCCAAAUGCUACCACCAGCCUACUGCAGCCGCUCCCAGGAAUGGUGUCUGAGGGAUCCGAGCGAUUCAGGUCCAGCAUCUCCUCUCCACUUCUUUCCCUCCCCCUGCGGCUCAGUCCAUUUUCUAACUUUGCCUUUGAUGAAAUGUAAUUGUUUCACUUGUUUUUUUGGGUCUGUGUUGUAAGAGGGUUCACCAGAAGCAUCUGGCCACUGUGCCAUCUUGGCCCCGCCUCGAGGGAUAUUUUUUCUUGAUUAUAUCCCUGCCUCUCUUCUCAUCCAUGGCCUCUUUCCUAGGGUCUUACCUUUGGCCUGUCAAUGAGGCCCUCUGGGCCUGGUCUCUCAUAUCCCAACCACCCUCCACAUUUUCAUUGUUUAUCAAAUACACUCCACUUGGGAUUGAUCUAAUAACGUGUAAAGAGAAACAUCAGCCGUAGUAUAUGAAUUACCUAUUGCUGCAUAGCAAAUUACCCCAAAGUUUAGAGACUUAAAAGAACAAAUAUUUAUUACCUCACAGCUUCUGUGGGUGGAGAAUCGAAGUGCUGGGUUUUCCAGCUUAGACUCUUACAAGGCUGCAAUCAAAGUGUCAUCCACAAUUGCAGUCAUCUCAAGGCUUGACUGGGGAAGGCUGUUCCCAGGCUCAGUCACAUGGGUGGUGGCAGGACUCAGUUCCCUGUGCACUGUUGGACUGAGGAGCUCAGUUCAGUGCCAGCUGUUGGCAGGAGGCCACUCUCAGUUCCUUGCCAUGAGUCCUCCUCACUGGGCCACUCACAAGAUGGCCACUGGCUUCAUCAGAGCAAGCAAGCAGAAAAGAGUGAAAGAGGGUGUUGUGGAUUGAAUUACGUCCCCCAAAUAUAUGUGUUAUAAAUCCUAACCUGUGUGCCUGUGGUUAUAAUCCCGUUUGGGAAGGGGUUGUCUUUGUCGUGUUAAUGAGGCAGAAUUAGUGUUGGGUGUAUCCUGAGUCAAUGUCUUUUGAGAUUUAAAAGAGAUUAAACAAGUGAGCAGGGCAGAGAUGGGGAAGAUAGGUUCCAAGACACACAAAGAUCGCCCAGGAGCAGAAACUCAGAAGAGACAAGGACCUUCCUUCAGAGCUAACAGAGACAGAAAACCUUCCCCUUGAGCUAGUGCUUUGAUUUCAGACUUCUAGCCUUGUAAAUGGUGAGAAAAUAAGUUUCUGUUUAUAUACGCCAUCUACUUGUAUUUCUGUUACAGCGGCUCUAGAUAACUAAGACAGAGAUUAGUACUGAGAGUGGGGUGCUGCUCUAACACAUACCUACAGUGUGAAAGUAGUUUUAGAAUUGGGUAAUGGGUAGAGGCUGGAAGAGUUUUUACGGUGCCUAAUUUUUUAAUAAUAAAAGCCUAGAUUGCCUUGAAAAGACUGUUGGUAGAAUUAUGGACAUCAAAGGCAAUUCAGGUGAGAGCUCGGAAGGAAGUAAGGAGGGCCAUAGAGAAAGCCUCUAUCAUCUCAGAGAAUAUAUAUGGUGGCAGCAACAGAAUGUUGCUAGAAAUGUGGAUGUUAAAUGUGGUUCUGGUGAGGCUUUAAAAGAAAAUGAUGAACACAUGAUGGGACAGUGAAGCAAGAGUGAUUUUUUUAUGCGGUGGCAAAGAACUUACCUGAGUUAUGUUCAAAUGUUUGAUAGAAGGUAGAACUUGUAAGUGAUGUACUUGGAUAUCUGGCUGAGGGGAUUUCUAAGCAAGAUCUUAAAGGGGGCGCAUGGUUUCUCCCUGCCAUUUAUAGUAAAAUGGAAGAGGAAAGGAAUGGCCUUAAAAAUGAAGUGUGCAAAAUGAAAACAGAACUUAGAGAUUUGGAAAAUUCUGUUGUACAGACUAAGGGUGCAUAUCCUAGAAUGUUCACCAAGGAUGUGGCUACACAAUCUUUUGCUAAAGAGAUUAAGCCUGUGACUGAUGGAUAUAACCAACUACCAUAGCAGAAAAACCAUCGGCUUAGACUGAAGGGGACAAAGAAAGAAAGGAAAGAAUGCUGUCUGCCUCUUGGAGUUCUACAGGCAGGCAACAGGCCAAAGCAGCCACAUCUGUUGUCCUCCAUGAAAAGAAAAGAACCAUCCCUGGAGCAGCUUGCAGAUCAGCAGAACUGCUGGAAGGCACAUGGGAAGCAGGGCCUUUUGGAUCUCAAAGGGUGGGGCCGCAGCCUCCUAGGUUUCAAAGAGUCAGCUCUUCGCAAACACGGUUCCAGAGUGUGGGGCUGCCAUUGAGGUAUGCCAGGGCCAUGUGACCACUGCCCAAAGAUGAGGGGGUAGAGCUACUGUUCCUGAAGGGCAAAAGGAGGUGGGGCUGUCAUUCAGAUGAACUAAGAAAAUAAGGGCCACCCAAAGCCAAGGGAGCAGAGUUGCCGCCCCUGGGAGGUGGAGCUGAAGCCUAGGGCCAGGGGCCUCUACCCAGAAUCCAUAGGUCAUGGCCAACAUCCAGAGUCUGGAGGGUAGGGCCAUUGCCCAGAUGGUCUCAGAGAAGAGAGGAUUAUUUUCAAGCCUUAAGAGCUUAUGUAAUUUGCUGCAUUUUGGACUUGCUUAGUGCCUGUUAUCCCUUCUUUCCUUCCAGUUUCUCCCAUUUGUGAGGAAAUGUCUUCCUUGUGCCUGUUCUGUCAUUGUGCUUUGGAAACAGAUAACUUGUGUUCUAGAUUGCACAGGUUUACAGAUGAAGAGGAAUUUUGCCCCCAAAUGGAAUACACUUAAAGUCUCACCCAUAUUUGAUUUAGAUGAUUCAGAAGAUGAGAUUUUGAACUUGGAGUUGAUAUAAGACUUUUGGGGUGAUAUGAUGGGGUGAAUGUGUUUUGCGUGUGGCAAGGACAUGCAUUUUAGGGGACGAAAGGGUGGAAUAUUAUGGAUUGAAUUGUGUCCCCCAAAAGAUACGUGUUGUAAAUCCUAACCUCUGUGCCUGUAGUUAUAAUCCCAUUUGGGAGUGGGUUGACUUUCUGUGUUAAUGAGGCUGAAUUACUUUAGGGUAUAUCUUGAGUCAAUGUCUUUUAAGAUUUAAAAGAGAUUAAACAAGUGAGCAGAGCAGAGAUGGGGAAGAUAGAUGCCAAGCCACAUGGAGAUCUCCAAGGAGCAGAAACUCAAAAGAGACAAGGACCUUCCUCCAGAGCUGACAGAGAGAGAAAGCCUUCUCCUAGAGCCGGCACCCUGAAUUCAGACUUCUAGCCCCCUAAACUGUGAGAAAAUAAGUUUCUGUUUAUAUAAGCCAUCCACUUGUGGAAUUUCUGUUAUAGCAGCACCGGAUAACUAAGAGGGUGUGAAAACAAGACCGAAGUCACAGUCUUUCAUAGCCUAAACUAAUCUCGGAAGUGACAUCCCAUUUAUCUGAUUCAUUAGCAGCACGUCAUCAGGACCAGCCUACAUUCAGGGGAAGGGGAUUGCAGAAGGGAAUUAUUCAAUAGGCAAAGUAAGCACAAUGCUUACCUUGCUUACCAGAUCAUCUGUAGUGAAAAAUUUUGCAUUUUUUCACCACAUCAAAGAUUCCGAUUCUAGAUACGGCUGGCAUCUGUCUCUCUCCCAACUGCACAGCACCUUCCUACAGAAUCAAAGCCUCUUUUCAAAUUUGUAAUCCCUGACAGGGGCAGAUUAUCCAGUAUACCCUCAGCCUCUGACCUGACUAAAGUAUGUUCAUAUUGGGUUGCCUAUAACUUGUUCCUCUCCCAGGACCUUUGAAAUUGACCGACCUACCCCAGUAUGCCAUGUACUGGUAUUGCUCUGUAGGAACCAGAAUUCACAUAGGGCCCCCUGACAGCUCUGUUCCAGCCUUGUUUCCACCCAGUAUAAUCCUAAAGCAGAGGGCUGGCUGGACUGUGAAAUUCAGGGGCGAAACAGUGUCUUCCCAGGAGUCUUGGUUUUCUCCUUCCUCUGCUGGGAACAGAUGAUUUCUGGAGUCUGGUUUUCAUCUUCCUCAGAGAGGCAUGUGCUGGGCAGUGAUCCCAGGAAGAGGGUCUGAUUGUUUUCAAGCUAAUGGUGGACCUGAUCUUGGAGUUUUAGCCACAUGUGGCUGUCUACCCCUCUUGUCUCACCUCCCAUCAUCAUUUUCAUAUGAAAAUAUUUGCAAAGAUUUAGUUUCAUGUUCUUAAAAAGCAGCCUGUUUGCUCAUCUUGAAUCUUGCAGCUCCAACAUUUAUUUCUCAAGCAGCAGUGUGGCCCAGUCACACCAAGGGAGAUUUAUCAAGUACUUACUAUGAACUUAAUGCUGGAUUGGCCCUCUGAUGGGACAAGAAAUAACUGCCAUUCAGUGAAGUGAGCUUGAAUUUCAGAGAGGCAAAAAUAUUUUUUUUCUUUAACUAGACUUAAUUUUUCACCUCAAGUUCCCACUGUGUCUGAGCUAAACCCUUAAUCUACGCAUUUCCAGGCAAACUCUGAAGCCACUCACUUCAGAGAUUCUUAUUCCUUGUCCUGCUCUCUGAGACUGGUGCUAGCUCUGGGGACUUCUACUGUGGGACUGUGGUGUCAGUGGGGAAGGAGCAUCUACAUCUCCACCUCAGUUUGUGCUGAGGCCUGGACAUCAGGUGGUUGUCCCAUCAAGACCUUUGGUUAUAGGCAGGCCUGGUUCUCAGGCAGCUCUCCCCACUCCUUCAUUGAGGCAUCUGAAUUCACAGGCCCCAGCUGCCAAGGUCCGCAUGUAAUCCCGCCAAAGCUAUAGACCUUUCCCAGACUAAGAGACCACUUUAGGCUUACCACCUCUCACAGUCACCUCUGUACCCGUCAUCCCAUGGGAAAACCGUUGACUGCUCCUCAUUGGCUGCUGGGUGCCCAAGCCACCCAUGUAAUCACCUUUAUUCUGCACUCCUUAGUCCUCAGAGGCCCAGGGAAGGCCCAGGGCUUUGCCACUACCCACCAUUUCUGUGGUCUCCGGUAUCUCAAGCUGCUGGUUUGUUGAGCUUUUCUUCCUCUGAGUCCAGCCACUGUGUGGGGACUUCCUUGCCUACAUUGUAGAUUCUCUCACCUCGCUCCCCCAGCUUCCUUAUCACAUCUGAAUUGGAGCUCAGAGUCUUGGCCUGGAUGCUUGUGUGCACUUUCUAAAUCUCUUUAUCUUACACCUGAAGGAACAUUUUUAAAUUUUAAAAGUUAUUAAUUUUAUGCCUUAUUAUUUGCCCCUCCCCCAUAAAUAUGGCCCAAAAGCAGAGGGUGAUAGUGAUUACAGGGUAAAAGUGGGGUAGAUCCCAAAAACAAUAGUUAAUAAGAUCCCAAAAAUACAAUGGUUAAUAUGUGAUAAUGUUAUCUAGCCACAACAGGAUUCAUGAGAAUAAACUAGCUGGGAAGAAAAGAUAUAUACCCUAAAAAAAAAAAAAACCCAUUGCCAUCUAGUUGUAUACAUUGUAUACAUUGACACUGUUUGAUUUUUUUUUUUUUUAAUGAACAUAUAUUACUGAAACAUUACAAAAGAAACAAUUUAAGAGAUUCCAUAAGCUGUUCCAUUUCUAGGUUUAUAUCAUGGAGAAACCCUUAUACAUACGCUCAAGGUGACAUUCUAGAAUUUAAAUGUUCAUUAUAGCAUUUUUAAAUCACUUUAUAUAGAUGUAACUUGCAUACCAUAAAAGUCACUAGUUCUGUCUCAACCCACCUGGAUCAAAGGAGAAUGAAGAAUACCAAGGACACAAGGUAAUUACGAGCCCAAGAGACAGAAAGGGCUUCCAUGAACUAGAGGCUACAUCAUCCUGAGACCUGAAGAAUUAGAUGGUGCCUGGCCACAACCUAUGACUGCCCUGGCAGGGAACACAACAGAGAACCCCUGAGGGAGCAGGGGAACAGUGGGAUCCAGACCCCAAAUUCUCAUAAAAAGACCAGACUUAAUGGUCUGACUGAGACUAGAAGGACCCCAGUGGUCAUGGUCCCCAAACCUUCUGUAGGCCCAGGACAGGAACCAUUCCCAAAGCCAACUCGUCAGACAUGGAAGGGACCGGACAAUGGGUUGGAGAGAGAUGCUGAUGAGGAGUGAGCUACUUGUAUCGGGUGGACACUUGAGACUAUGUUGCAUCUCCUGUCUGGAGGGGAGAUGGGAGGGUAGAGGGGAUUAGAAGCUGGCAAAAUGGUCAUGAAAAUAGAGACCAGAAGGAGGAAGUGGACUGUCUCAUUAGGGGGAGAGUAAUUGGGAGUAUGUAGUUUUUUUGUGUGUGUUUUGGUAAGGUGUAUAUAAAUUUAUAUAUGAGAGACUGACUUGAUUUGUAAACUUUCAUAAAGUACAAUAAAAAUUAUUAAAAAAAAAAAGUCACUGGUUUUCAGUGUACAAUUCAAGGAUUUUUAGUGUGUGGAGUUGUACAGCCAUCACCACAUUUUAGUUCUACAUUUCCAUCGCCCAAAAAAGUUCCCACAUACCCAUUUGCAGUCAACCUCCACUCCUUCCUUAGUCCCAGGUAACUUUCUGUCUCCCCUUUCCCUCUCUUUCCUGGAAAUUUAAUAUAGAAGGAAUCAUAUAAUAUGUAGUCUUGUGUCUGCCAUCUUUCCACUUAGCGUGAUGUUUUUGACGUUUAUCUGUAUUGUAGCAUUCAUCAGGUCAUUCCUUUUGAUGGCUGAAUAAUAUUCCGUUGCAUGUGUAUACCUCAUUUUGUUGAUCCAUUCAUCAGUUGAUGGACUUUUGGAUUAUUUCUACUUUUUGGCUAUUAAAAUAUUGCUAUGAACAUUAUGUAGAAGUUUCAGGUAGACUUAUGUUUUCAUUUCUCUUAGGUAGAUACUCAGGAGUGAAAUUUUUAUGGUAAUUUUAUGUUCAGUGUUCUAAGAAACUGCCGAACUGUUUUUCAAAGUAGUUGUGCCAUUUUACAGCCAUCAGCAAACAUAAAAGGGUUUCAGUUUUUCCACGUCUUUGUCAGUAUUUUUGAUUAUAGCUAUUUUAUUUCAGUGGGUGUGAAGCGGUAUCUCAUUGUGUUUUUAAUUUCCAUUUCUCUAUAGUAACUACUGAUGUUGAGAAUUUUUUCAGGUAGUUAUUAACCUAUUUGCAUAUCUUCUUUGGUGAAAUACCUAUUCAAAUUUUUUUUUUUUUAAAUAGGGUUGUUUUAUUAUUUAGGCAUAAGAGUUCUUUAUACUUUCUGGACACAAAUUCUUUGUAAGAUAUAAUUUGCAAAUAUUUUCUCCCAGUCUCUGACUCAUCUUUUUAUUUUCUUAGUGGUGUGUUUUUUUAGUAACAGCUUUAUUGAAAUACAACUCACCCAUUUAAAACAUAUAAUUCAGUGGUUUUUAAUAUAUUCAUAGAGUUGUGCAACCACCACCACAAUCAAUUUUAGAACAUUUUCAUCACCCCAGAAAGAAACCCAAUACCCACUAGCACUCACUGCUCACCAACCCCCCUCCCAGGCCUAGGCAAUCAUUAAUCUAUUCUCUGUCUCUAUAGAUUUGCUUAUUUUGGACAUUUCAUAUAAAUGGAGCCAUAUAAUAUGUGGCUUUUUGUGUCUUCUUUCACUUAGCAUAAUGUUUUCAAAGUUCAUUCAUGUUAUAGCAUGUACCAGUGCUUCAUUUCUUUUUAUUGCCGAAGAAUAUUCUGUUGUAUGGAUAUACCACAUUAUAUUUAUCCAUGUACAAGUUUUUGUGCAGACAUAAUGUUUUCACUUCUCUUGGUUAUGUGGUAUCUAGGAGUGGAAUUUCUAGGUCAUAUAGUAACUCUGUUUAAAGAGUUCCUUUUGAGGAGCUGCCAGACUGUUUUCCAAAGCAGCUACACUGUUGACGUUUCCACCAGCAGUGUAUGAGCAUUCCAGAUUCUCUACAUACUUGCACACACUGUUAUCUGUCUUUUUUAUUUUAACCAUCAUAGUAGGUGUGAAAUGGUAUUUUACUGUGGUUUUGGUUUGCAUUUCCCUGAUAGGUAAUGAUGCUGAGCGUCUUUUCAUGUGCUUAUUUGCCGUUUGUAUAUCUUCUUCGGAAAAAAGUCUAUGGAUCUUUUGCCCAUUUUUUAAGUGGGUUAUUUGUCUUUUUAUUAUUAAGUUAUAAGUCUUCUUUCUGUAUUCCAGAUACAAGUCUCUUGUCAGAUGCAUGUGGUUUAAAAUUGGAAAAAUUGUACGGCAGGGUUGUAUCCUUUUAUCCUACUUCUUUAUAUGUUGAGCAAAUAAUUCAAGAAACUGGACUAUAUGAAGAACACAGUAUCAGGAUUGGAGGAAGACUAACACCCUGCAAUAUGCAAAUGAUACAACCUUGCUUGCUGAAAAUGAAGAUGACUUGAAGCACUUAUAGAUGAAGGUAAAAAAACAGUAGCCUUCGGCACGGAUUACACCCAAAUGUGAAGAAAAUGAAAAUCCUCACAACUAGACCAAUAAACAACAUCAUGAUAAACAGUGAAGAAACUGAAGUUAGCAAAGAUUUUAUUCUACUUAGAUCAACAAUCAACGCCUGUGGAACCAGUAGUCAGGAAAUCAAACUGCGUAUUGUUUUAGGCAAAUCUAUGACAAAAGACCUCUUUAAAAUCUUAAAAAGCAAAGAUGUCAGUUUGAUAACUAAGGUGCAUCUGACCCAAGCCAUGGUAUUUUCAGUCAUCUCAUACACAUGAGAAAGCUGGACAAUAAAAAAGGAAGAUUGAAGAAGAAUUAACACAUUCAAAUUGUGGUGUUGAUGAAGAAUAUUGAAUACACCAUCAACUGCCAGAAGAAUAAACAAAUCAGUUUUGGAAGAAGUACAGCUCCUUACAAGUGAGGAUGAUGAGACUUCGUCUUGCUUACUUUGGACACGUCAUCAGAAGGGACCAAUUGCUGGAGAAGGACGUCAUGCUUGGUAAAGUAGAGGGUCAACAAAAAAGAGGAAGACCCUCGAUGAGAUAGAUUGGCACUGUGGCUAUUACAGUGAGUUCAGACAUAUCAGCGAUUGUGAGGAUAGCGCAGGACCAGACAGUGUUUCGUUCCGUUGUACGUAAGGUCGCUAUGAGUAGGAGCCGACUCAGUGCAACAACAGCAGCAGUCUGAUUCAUGAUGUACAAAAAUUUUCCGCCAUUCUGUAGGUUUUCUUUUUACUUUCUUGAUGAUAUUCUUUGAAUCACAAUUUAUCUAUUUCUUUUGUAGCUUUUUCUUUUUUAUAUCAUAUCUAAAAAGCCAUUGUCUAAUUCAAGAUCAUGAAGAAUUACACCUAUGUUUAUGAGUCGGAAUUGACUUGACGGCACUGGGUUUUUCUUCUAAGAGUUUAAUAGUUAUACCUCUAAUAAUUAUACAUUUAUGUCUUUGAUCCAUUUUGAGUUAAUUUUUGCAUAUAGUGUUUAAUGUUACCUUUUGAAGAGCAGAAGUUUUUAAUUUUGGUGAAUGCCAGUUCAUUUUUUUGUUUUUUGCAUCAUGUUUUUGGUGUCGUAUCUAAGAAUUCUUUGCACAAGAUCACAAAGAUUUUCUCCUAUUUUAUUUGAGAAGUUUUACAUUUUAGUAUGAUCCACUUAAAGUUAAUUUGUGUAUAUGGUGUGAGAUAAGGAUUCAAGUUCAUAUUUAUUUGUAUCAUGGAAGCAUUUCAAAAACUAUGCUAAGUGAUAAAAAGCAAAUUGUAAAGUGAUAUGAUACUGUAUUUGCAGAAUUUAAAAUUAUGAAAUGUCAUAUUAUUCAUAGGUACAUAUGUGCACAUAUGUAAAUAGUUCUACACCAAAAUCUUUGACAAUGGUUGCCUUUGACAGGUAAGAGGAAGAGAUGAAAUUGGGAAGAAUUGGUUCUCAAAGGGGUCAGGUUUCUCAGCUAUACAUACAUUUUUUUUUUAAUUGUGGUGAAAGAUUUGCCAUUUCAAACAUUUUUACAUGUACAAUUCAGUGAUAUUACAUUCACCAUGCUGUAUAAUAAUCACCACUAUCCAUUUCCAAAUAACAAUAUUUUUAGGUUAAAAUAAAUUUGAUAGAUGUUAACAGUUAUCAGUCUAAGGAAGUUUAUUAAGUUAUGCUUUUUUAGUUUUAUUUUUUACAUUUCUCAAGUUAAAAACAAACAUACAUAAGAUUCAAAGUCAAGCCACUGCUCUAAAGGCCAGGCCGUUUCUCUUUAGUUCAGCUCAUAUUCUGGUUGAAGCACUGGGGAUGCUCUUAAUGACCAGGUGAGACCUGUGCAUACAGCCCUUUCGGGGCAGAUUCUCUUUGCACAGGCCUUUCAGAGCUGUGUCCCCAGAAAGUUACUUAUCUUCAUUUGAACUCAUUCUUACGCUUUGGCUUGUAUUUUCCCCACUUUACUCCCACAGAAAACCCCAAUGUAUGUGCCACAGUCCAUUUCUAAUCAGGGCUUCAAACCGGUUCAUUCAGGGCCAACAAAACGAAACCAGAACAGACCCAAGUUUUUACAAUUUAGAUGAUCUGGUACAAUAACUGGAGUGGGAAAAAUUAUGGGUCCAAGCCCUGGAAUGGGAGACUGGGAAGAGGCAUAGUGAGCCCUUUCAGGAGCCUGAUGCAUGAGAUUGAAUUAUUGGGGAGUAUGGGGAGCAGUACACAUUCAUAGCAGCACAGUCAGCCACCAUCUUUGACCAGGGCACCACUGUUUUCAACUCCGCUCAAAAUCUAAGGGGCAAGAGAUUUGGUUGCUAUGCAGCACAUAUGCUAGCCUUGUUUUCUAAGAGGGAGACUAGGUUUCUAGCAGGGCUUCAACCUGUAAUUUUUCCCAUUCUGGUUAUCACUCUGGUUCACCCUAACUUUAAAAAAUUCAGGUCUGUUCCAGUUUCGCUUCCUGACCUGGGAAGAACUGGUUUGAAGCCCUGUUAUUACUUUGAAGGGCAGCAAAGCACGGAUCUCAGUGAGAACAGGCGCUCUCUUUGACUGGAGUUUUCUUUUUUUAUUAUUUUGUCCUAUUGCUCCAAGCUUCCUCUUAAGCUGUAUGGGGCCUUCCCAAGAAAAGUUUAGUUUCAACUUAACACGUGUCCAUCCUCAACAUGGAAGUCCUCAUCAUGUGUGUGUGACAGGUGCACUGAGGCAAGCCUGACAAGCCAGGCUCCUGAGAAGCAGCCUGCAGCUGAGAUCUUGACGUGCAUACUCAAUACUCAGGAGCAUAUUCUGUGGGGUAUGGCAGCAGCAGUAGUGCAGAGUACUGAGCCACUGCCUUUGAAGUACGAAGCUGUUAUUCCAAGGUCUCCCAUGACAAGCUGUGCAACUUGACACAAAGCUCAUACUCUUUGCAUCCUUAUUUUUCUUCAACAAAGCGAAUAUUAAAAUAUAUGCACUUUUUACUCUUAGGUUAUUAUGAAGAUCACAGGAGAUACUGUACAUGAGUAUUGCAAACACAAAUGAAAGAUGCAUGUGUAUUAUUUCCUAACUGGGUGACCCCCCCGCCCCCGCCAAGUUCUCUUAGACCCACAGCCUAGCUGCUCUGCUCAGUCUGUCUACCUGAAAACCCUUCCCUUCUCUGUGCUGUUUUUUCCUUACGCUCCCAUUUUUAGUCUAUUCUUUUGGUAUUCUGUCCUCCUCUGUUCCUUCUUUCCCCUUCCUUUUUCCUCUCCCCCUCCCCCUGUUUUCCUUUUCUUCUCUCUCUCCAGUCCUGGAGACAGCCUGGUUCUUUCCUUUCAGAUGUGACCAUGCAGUGCUGGGUACCCCUGAGAAGCUCUGUUGGCUAGCCCAAAUUAACUGAGAAAAAGGACUUCCCCUCCUUCAAAGAGGGAAGACACCUU